GAGAGAGAGAGAGAGAGAGAGAGAGAGAGAGAAUAAAUACACCUUCUACAGCAGUGGUGAGCACCACAUGCCUUCUGCAUAGCAGCAAAAAUCACAGUGAUUUUGCCAGGUGGCAGUUUUCACAAAGAGGACUGCAGUCUUGGAAGCGCCAUGCAAGUGCGGUUCCGCCUGGCAACAAGGAGCAUGUGAUGAUUUGCUGCUGAACCGUUAUUUAGGAGGGCAGUCCAACCCCACCACAGCCUGAAUUGCCCCUGCUUGGACUGCUGCUACGCGCUUUGGUCUAGAGCAGUAUGUCCAGUGAGUUUUGGCCUUUAAAAAAAAAUAAGCCUAUGAAAGCCUCCAAAGGUGCUUUGCCAAAACACAUACUUUUUCUUUGCAGAUAGAAUGUGAGCUGUUGCUCUUCAGAAUGCAAAAUUACGUGAAGAGCCAUCUCUUGUGCGUGAGCCCUAAAUCUUAAGAGGACAGAACUGUCUGUAGAAGGAAGAGAGAUGGGCAUCUGAAAGUGCUCUUAGGGUGCUGGUGCAGGUUAGAAACUCAGGCCUAUGGGACAAUGAAUAGCUUUUAAGGCUUUAUCCAGAAGAGGGCAACAUUGUUUAUUCUUCGCUCACAGCCUGACAUAGCAUAUCUGCUGCUGGUAAGAUGAAAUUGCUGAAUGAAGCAGGGAUACGUCAUCAGCUUUAUUUUAGAGGUUAGAGGAAUUGUUGAGGGACUAACAGGACUGAUAUGUUUUGUUCCAGCAGAAUAUCCUCAAGUACCUCUGCCAACACUGUGGAAUGAUCCCCCAGAGCUGCCAUCAGGUGGAGGGCCCUUAGAAACCACCACCGCUACCCGCUUCUCAGAUGCUCCAGGAUUUCCACCAUACACUUCUGAUUAUGAGCCAGAGGACACAACUCACCUCCCCCAGCUGGAUAAUGGGAAUGGGUCUCUGGGUCCUGGAGCAAUUGGUGCCAUAGUGAUUGCUGCUUUGCUGGGAACUUCUGUGAUUGUGGCCUUGAUUGUCAUCACUCUGAGAAAGUUUUCUGCCUCUUGAGUUCAAUAAAAUGUUCCCUCCUAAUA